AUGGAUGUCGGUCCUAGUGAACGUUGGUUAGUAACAGCUUCGAACAGAAGACUCCGUGAAUUAGAGAGAUGUGGACGUGCUCAAGUGCAUGAUGAUGACACGCACAUUGCCAUGGAUGAUGAUCCUAUACGUGAUGCACCAGUUAUGGAUGAUAUUGCUAUAGAUGAUGACCCUACUGCCAUUUCCGGGAGGCCAACUGAUCCAGCAAUCCUUAAAAGUCAUGUUGUCGCAACUAUUUGGAAUGGUGCUGAUGAAAGAGGGCCCUUGAAGUGUCAUAAUCACUCGUCUAAGAUUCGUUCGUGGCUGUGGUGGGAACAAGGAAACAACGCUACAUUUGUAAACAUUGUGGAGAUGUCAGGACUUGCACAAUUAGCUCGUUGCACGUACCGCUUUGUCAACAAAAUUGUAGUGUCCAGUUUUGUUGAGAGAUGGCAACCGGAGACAAACACCUUCCAUUUGACUGUUGGAGAGAUGACUAUCACAUUGGACGAUGUCGCCACUAUCCUAAGGCUUCCCAUUGUAGGCAAAUCUAUUAGUGUGCGUAAGUUGUCAGAAAGGCGGGCCAUUGCAUUAGUAGUUAAUACCUUGGAAAUUGAUGAGCAAGAGGUCAGACAUAAGAUGUGUAGUGCUAGAGGCAAUUCAGUGAGGCUCGAGUGGUUGAGGGCACACUUUCAUAAUAUCACAGAUAAUGAUUCAAUGGAAAGAAUUGCAUAUGCAGGUAGAGCAUGCUUGCUAUUUUUGUUGGGUUGUACACUUUUCAGUGACAAGACUGGUACUAGGGUCUCCGUUGUUUAUUUGAGUUUGUUGUCCGAUUUGACGACUGUAUCUUCAUAUACUUGGGAUGCUGCUGCAUUAGCAUACUUAUAUAGACAGAAGGGGUAUGCUAGUAGGUCCGACGUGAAACAAAUAACCGGUUACAUGACACUCCUUGAGGGAUGGAUUUAUGAGCACUUUCGUGGAUUCCGACCACACUUGAAUAUGAAUUACACUCGAGACAUGUCACAUGUUUACCAUUGGACUUCUCGGAGAGAGUCUCGUGAAGAGACACAGUUACAGGCUUUUUGA